CGACAUAAUGUGUCUAAAACUCUAAUGUUGUAAAGUCGUAUUUUGUAGGUCUCGUAUCUCACUUAGUGUUACCUAUCCGACUAAGUAAUAAAUUAAGAAAUUAUCUACAGAUAUUCUCAGUGUUUUGACAUAGUCUCAGCUCAACAUUGGCAAUGAAGGUGACGUCUUCCUGGAUCAUUUAUUCAUGUUUAAUUUUCGGAACCGGCAUCCUAUGUGACAGGAAACUUCAAAGACGACAAGCUGUAUCAUCUAGACCAAAAAACAUUGAUGAUAAGUUUAAUUGUUCAAAUGGAGAAAGCAUCGAAUGGUCGUUGCUUUGUGAUGGUUAUAAGGAUUGUUCAGAUGGUUCAGAUGAGACCAAAGAUUUGUGUGCACUAUACGAGUUUGAAACAAAUAUGAUUAUGGAUUGUGGUAGUGUACAUAAUAUGAAAAACCAAGUAACGCCCGAAGAAGCUGAUCAAUCAAUAAUUGAAUUAGCACCUUGGACAGUUGCUGUCUAUCAAAAGUUUGGAAAAUCCUACAUUAUUUUUCUUCAUAGUGGAUCAAUAAUUGCUCCAAAUAUAGUAAUUACUUGGGGUUAUUUAUUUAGAAAUAUGACUACUCAAUAUGAUAAUUUCAAAAUUGGUCCUAUGCUAAAGUUGAUUGAAGAUUAUAAACUGUUAAUCAAUGCAACAAUGAUUUACUUGAGUACAGAUGCUAUGACGGCCAAUUCUUUUAAUGCGUACAGGUCUAUAGCAGUAAUUGUGUUAGCAAUCAAACUUUCGUUAAGUAAUGGAUUUACGCCUAUUUGUAUCGAUUGGUCUAGUAAAUAUGAUAUACGGAAGGAAACUCAAAUGAGGAUUAUUGGUCGUACAAUAAAUAGUAGAGGUGACAAUGAUGUUAUUAAAGUAAUACAAUAUUUCACACAUUAUAGACCGGCGACUGAUGAGACGUUAAGUAUCAAAUUAAAUACAGACACACAUUUAUCAUAUGGAUUUCAAGGAUCAGGCUUAAGCGUUUUAUACUCAAACAGAUAUUAUUUAACCGCUAUAACGAAAGACUGGAACAGAAGAAAUAGAAAUAAUUCGACCGAAGUCGAUAUAAUACGAUUUAUAGACAUAAAACCCUAUGUUCCAUGGAUACGUGGAAUUUUAAACAAACAUGUCACAUUGAGUUCAUGCGUUUUACCAACCAUUGAAGGAGUAAUAUAUUCUUAUGAAGAUUCUAAUAAAAUACUAUCUCAUGGGUCAUUAAUUGAUCGUCAUGUUAAUGUUAUUGAGAAUUGUGAAGUUGGAUAUCAUAAGGCUUCUCACCAUAGUUUUAGGUUUUGUUUAGGAAAAGGAAAAUGGUUAUCGAGUUCUGAUAAAUUGUGUAUCAAAAUGUGUCCACCUCUAGAGUCAGAUAGCUUAGAUAUUGAAUGUACUCAUAAUGGGAUGUAUGCUAAUUGUACAAAUCCAUCCAAACCCGAAACAAUAGCAAAACCAUCAUGCAAGCCAUUAUAUACCGCACCAAAUGGACUCGAAAAGGAACCACUAGAAUUACUUUGCAUGCCCAAUGGAACGUGGAAUAAAGAACUAUAUAGAUGCAAUCCAAAAUGCGGUAAAAUUAAUACCAUCAACAAUGGAAUGAUUAUGGGUGGUGGAACAGCAUCUAAUGGAACGGCACCGUGGAAUGUUGGUGUGUAUCAAUUUAAUAAAACAAUUUCCAAUGAUUAUGAUUUGAUUUGUGGAGGAUCGAUUAUUUCUCCGAAUUUGGUCGUUUCUGCGGCUCAUUGUUUUUGGGAAAAAGGUAUGUUAUCUCAUAAAAUAUCAGUUAACGAUGGUCAGUACAAAAUUGCUGUUGGAAAAUAUUCUAGAAAUAUUACAAAAAUCGACAAUGAAUUUACUAAAAUAAUGAAUGUGGAAUCUGUUCAUCUUAAUGAGAAUUAUCGUGGAUAUUCCUGGUUUCAUGCUGAUGACAUAUCUAUUGUUGUGUUACAAAACACAAUUUCUUUUAAUAUUCUUGUUUUACCAUGUUGUGUCGAUUGGUUUGGUAUAAAUACUAUACCAAAUGGAGAAAAAGGAAUGAUUGUUGGUUGGGGAAAAACGGAAAAAGGCAUUGCCAGUCCUAUUUUACUGGAAGCAUCUUUGCCAUAUAUUGACCAUAGAACUUGCUGGGAAAUGUAUAAAAACGGAUUUGAAUUAUAUGUGACUAAAGAUAAAUUUUGUGCCGGUUCUGAAUUGGGACAAGGAGUGCGUGAAGGGGAUAGUGGUGCAGGCUUAAGCUUUAUACAUUCGAAUUUGUAUUAUUUAACCGGAGUAGCGAGUAUGAAGGAUCCAAAUACAAAUAGUUCAAUCGCAGUUUUUACAGAUGUUAAGCACCACAUUCAAUGGAUUCGUAGACUGUAUGACAAAUAUAUAACUAAUAAAAAUAUACUAUAAACUAUAAUAUGAAAUAUUAUAAACUAUUAAAAUAAUUUAGUUGAAUUGUAAUUGAAGUCAAUUUUUGUAUAAAUAGUUUUUUACAUAUGUGUAAUAAUUUUUAACAGUUCAUUUAAAUUAAUCAUAAUAGGUAAGUUUUUCAUUAUAUAUAAUAUGUAGUACCAAAGCAUUAAAAUGAUUAAAAUUGACACGCAUUUAAUUCGAAUAGUUUUAGCAUUAUACCAAUUUUGCAUCGUUUCAUAACUUAUUUUUAUAUGUGUUGUGCAUUUAAUUUGGAAUAAUUUCUUGUACUAUUCUUUCUUUUUAUCAACUGUAUUGACAUGGUUUUGUUAACAGCAACUUCUGGUUGAUAAGCACAACUACUGUGCUGAAACUAACAUUUUUGAGUACACAAUCGUAGCAGUAAUGUGUGGACCACGUCGACCUAUAUAUAAUAUGUGGUGUUGCCCCGCGUUUUACGCUGGAGUGCCGGACAUGGGUUACACUGCAACAAGCGUAGCAGUGUUGUAUUCUGGAGGGAAUCGCCGUUUUCGACCAAAAAUGUACCCUUCCUGUUUCGGCCGAUUCACUUAUAAUAACAGUGUAAUGUAUGCGUUAUAUGGUAAACAGUAUACACGUAUAAUACACUAUAUUUUUUUAUAUACACCAGU